GGAUUACUGGCCGUCCUGGAAUUCAACCUCUGGGCAAGGUUCUUCCCUGCUGCUGAAGCACCACACAGCUGAACUCCCUCAAAGGCGACAGCUGGGAAGCACCUCCCUGAACCUGGGCACUUUUCCUACGUAGUCAUUUUCUUCAGUACAGAUACCUCAAGCAAAAAUAUGGAGCCUCAAAGGCCGAGUUUGAAGCCGGUGACAUCCUUGUCUUUGGGACGGUAUCACAUUUCUGAGGAGUAUGGCUUUCUUCUUCAGAAUCCUCUGAAAGAACUUCCUGAUCACUACAGGCCUUGGAUGGAAAUCGCCAACAAGCUCCCUCACUUAAUUGAAAGCCACCAGCUCCAGGCCCACGUCUACAAGAUGCCCCUCCUGGACUGCAGGUUCCUAAAGGGGCACCGGGAGCAACGUCUGGCACACCUGGUGCUGGCUGCGAUCACCAUGGGAUUCGUCUGGCAAGAAGGAGAGACCCAACCCCAAAAGGUGCUGCCCAGAACUCUUGCCAUUCCUUUUGUUGAAGUCUCCAGGAACUUGGGGCUCCCCCCAAUCCUGGUCCACUCUGAUCUGGUGCUGACAAACUGGACCAAAAGGAACCCAGAAGGACCAUGGGAAAUCAGUAACCUGGAAACCAUCGUCUCUUUCCCCGGGGGAGAGAGCCUGUGGGCCUUCGUACUGGUGACGGUUUUGGUGGAGAAGGCAGCGGCGCCUGGCAUUAAGGCCCUGGUUCAGGGAGUGGAGGCCGUUCUGCAACACAGCCAGGACACCCUGCUCCAGGCCCUGCAGCAGGUGAGGCUCUCCAUCCAGGACAUCACCAGAACCUUGGCCCAGAUGCAUGAUUAUGUAGACCCAGACAUAUUUUACACAGUCAUCCGGCUCUUCCUCUCUGGGUGGAAGGACAACCCAGCCAUGCCCGUGGGGCUGGUCUAUGAGGGUGUGGCCACAGAGCCUCUGAGGUACUCGGGAGGAAGCGCAGCCCAGAGCUCUGUGCUUCAGGCCUUCGACGAGUUCCUGGGCAUUCGGCAUUGCAAGGGAAGUGUAGGCUUUCUGCACAGAAUGAGAGACUACAUGCCUCCUUCCCAUAAGGCCUUCCUGGAGGACCUCCAUUCAGCUCCUUCACUGAGGGACUACGUACUGACCUCUGGUGCUGGGUGCUGCCUGAUGGCCUAUAACCAGUGUGUGGAGGCGCUGGCUGAGCUGCGCAGUUACCACAUCAACGUGGUGGCACGAUACAUCAUCUCCGCUGCUGCCAAGGCCAGGAGCAGGAUGCCGAGCCAACUCUCACCUCAUGCCUCGGAGGACAGGGGCACUGGGGGCACCGCAGUGCUGAGCUUCCUGAAGAGCGUCAGGGAGAAGACCGUGGAGGCCAUCCUGGAUCCUUGUGCUUAGCAGUUCACAUCCUGCAUCCUUAUGCUUAGGCCCCGUGGGAGUCAGAGCCAGGACCAGAGCUCUGCCUGAACCCAAGCGUAUUUUUGCUCCGAGAACACCAUGAUCUUUGUUCAUAAACUGUGGCUCCCAUUCACACCCCAGCCCCAGCCACUUCGUUUGCUAGAAACCUUUCUGCGCUGCCCAAUCCCCCUGCCUCACUCACAGCAGAGAGCUGAAACCAUGUCUCCAUUUGGUGGGCAAGUCCUAGAUAUCCAAGCUCAAUUGAAAAAGAAUCAAGUUGCCUUUGA